AUGGUUUUUGAAUGUCAGAGGGAUUCUUAUAAAAGUGAGUUUACAACGAAGGUUGUUUCCUGUGAGGAAUGUGGGCCAAAAGAAUAUGAGAUUGUUUUGGAGGACACAAUAUUGUUUCCAGAAGGUGGUGGACAAGUGAGUUUCUUUGAUUAUAGCCUGUUUAUAUGAAACCAAGGUGGGCUAGACUGCAGUUUAGCGGAAACCAGUGUGUCGCUUAAUGCAAACUUUGUCGGGAAAAUGCAACAGUGAGGUGAAGAUGUAAAAAAUUGAAAUAAUAAUUAGGUUUAUGUUAUGCACCUAUCAAUAUUAAUCCGGGGUAAGGGUGCGGCAAUGGGUGGUGAUUUGACAAAAAAAUUAAAAAUUGGGUCAAAUGCCUGCUGGUGGGGCAUUCUAAGAUAAUCAAAUGUUUCAAAAUCAAAACAAAGUGAACGCACCCAGGGGAUAGAUCGAGGCAAAAUAUUUUAACAUUUAAUAUAAAAGAGCCACAAAAAGCUUCUGGACAUCGUAAAUUUUAUCUCCAGAAUCCAGACUAUGUACUGUAUUCAAAUUCCAAAAGGCCAGAAGACAGAAGGAGAUAUAAAAAAUAAAAAGUUUCCGGACUUCUGGUUUUCUUGAUUCUAGGUUCCAGGCUUUGUACUGAAAUCGCAUGUUGAAUUAUAUGUCGAAUGGCAAAUCGCCCGCACCCGGGCAAAAAACUUUGUCAAAUGCCCGUCUGUGGGGAUAGAAUUCAUGAUCAAAUCCCCACCCAUUGCCCGCACCCUUACCCCCGGGAUUAAUAUUGAUAGGUGCAUUACGUUGGGGUUGUUUCCCACCAGAACAUGUAGUUAACAAACCAGAUGCAUUUACUGUACCACUUGGACUGUGACAUGCUGGUGUUGUCCCUAAACUGCAGUUGUACUUGAAGGUAAAUGAGAUGAAAUUUGACUGUGUUUAUAUAUAUGAGGAAAUUUCAUUCUGUUUACAAAGACGAUAAAUUUGGUUGUUUUGACCAGUUUAUCAUCAGUGGCAGCAGAAAAAACUUGUGCGGGCGGGUGGAUUUAUUUUUUAUUUUUUAAUGAUUCACAUUUAGUAGGUCACACAUGUGACCAGAGGCUCUUCCUUCUCACCUUUCGUUUCUUUCGCCUCACAAAGAGCCUCUGGAUCCAGGGUAGCAGCACAGUUGUAUGGUAUAAUAUUUUCAAUAAUAUUUUCAAUAAAAAGGAGCUGUGUUUCUACACGUUUUCAAAAUGGCUGACCAUUGUGAAAAUCUUGUGUGGGUUCCUCGCACGGUCCGCCAGAAUAGUGAUUUUUUAAAAAUAAAAAAAAUCCACGUGGCACGAAAAAUGGAUGCGGGCGCUGAUGAUAAACCGGCAUAUUUUUUUACAUGGCCUAAGGACUGGUUUAUACAGCAGCAUGCUAUGAGUGUACUGAACCUAUUACUUAGCUAAUAGACCUUCAUAAUGACAUCAAACAUAGAGAAAUAAUUUAUGUAAAUAUGUCCCAUGGGACAAUUAAAUGCAAGUCAUUGCCAAGCCAAUCAAAUUUCAUGUAACAUCAACGUAUCGGAACCAGAAAGGUGGUGGAUUGUACUUAUUCAAGCUAUUGUUUUCUCUUGUAAUCGCUGCAUUACAAUCUCAGCUACGAUCAAAACUGUGGAACCAUGAAGCUGUACAUGCCAUGGGUUCCCCAGUUUUGUUAGUCAUAGCUGAGAUUGUAAUGCAGCGAUUAGAAGAGAAAGCUACUUACCCCAAUCCACCACAUUGAUGACACACUGACUGGUGCAGAUGAUGACACACUGACUGGUGUAGAUGAUGGCACACAGACUGGUGUAGAUGAUGACACACUGACUGGUGUAGAUGAUGACACACUGACUGGUGUAGAUGAUGGCACACUGACUGGUGUAGAUGAUGGCACACUGACUGGUGUAGAUGAUGACACACUGACUGGUGUAGAUGAUGACACACUGACUGGUGUAGAUAAUGACACACUGACUGGUGUAGAUGAUGACACACUGACUGAUGUAGAUGACGACACAUUGACUGGUGUAGAUAAUGACACACUGACUGGUGUAGAUGAUGACACACUGACUGGUGUAGAUGAUGGCACUGACUGGUGUAGAUGAUGACACACUGACUGGUGUAGAUGAUGACACACUGACUGGUGUAGAUGAUGACACACUGACUGGUGUAGAUGAUGACACACUGACUGGUGUAGAUGAUGACACACUGACUGGUGUAGAUGAUGACACACUGACUGGUGUAGAUGAUGACACACUGACUGGUGUAGAUGAUGGCACACUGACUGGUGUAGAUGAUGGCACACUGACUGGUGUAGAUGAUGACACACUAACUGGUGUAGAUGAUGACACAUUGACUGGUGUAGAUAAUGACACACUGACUGGUGUAGAUGAUGACACACUGACUGGUGUAGAUGAUGACACACUGACUGGUGUAGAUGAUGGCACACUGACUGGUGUAGAUGAUGGCACACUGACUGAUGUAGAUGAUGACACACUGACUGGUGCAGAUGAUGACACACUGACUGGUGUAGAUGAUGACACACUGACUGGUGUAGAUGAUGGCAUACUGACUGGUGUAGAUGAUGACACACUGACUGGUGUAGAUAAUGACACACUGACUGGUGAUCUUACCCAAGAUCUUACCAAGAUCAUGCCAAGAUCUUACAUAAAUCCUGCAAGAUCAUGGAAAGAUAUUGCAUGA